AGUUUACUAAACCACAGAGUGGCCGUAUCUUAGUCAAGUACUCUGGUUAUGUCUGAAGGUAUCUCUGGAUGAGAUUAACAACGUUUAGUGGUCAACCCAGUAAAGCUGAUUGCUUUUCUAAUGUGAGUUAAAAACAAAAGGCGAGGCUGAUAGCUUGGGGGUACAGUGCCUGCAAAAAAGCAUAAGAACGUGAGUUUGGAUCCCUGCUUCCACAUAGAAAACAGACAUGGCGACUUCUGGAACCCCAGUACUGGGGCAGCAGAGACUGAUGGAUCCCAGUGACCCACUGGCCAGCCAGUGUAGUUCAGUGGGCUCCAGGUUCAUCAAGAGACCCUGCCUGAGAAAGAGAGGAAGGCAGGAGAUGAAGAGAAAGCAAAGAAGGAACAGUAGAUGUCAGACUUUGUUAGUCGCUUCUGCUCUAAUGAGACCUAACCCUGUUGACUUUGAACUGGAGUCAGAAACUAGUGACUGUGCAGUUGGCUGGCAGACUGCAGAUCUGGAGACUCGAUGGCCUUCAUGGCUGUGUGGCCCACAUUAUAAAUCUGCCAUUUCUCUGCCUUUACCUCACCUCCGUGCUGCUGUGUUCCGCCUUUGGGCCUUCUACAAUCAUUUUUCUCCUGGGGGGCAGCCACGCUGUGGAGUACACGGUUACACCAACAUGAGGAAAAAGGUUUUAGAGUGAGACAAGAUCUCAGAAUUUCAUCUCAGAGAUGGGGAAAUGAAGGCUGGGCAGUGGUAGCACACACCUUUGAUCCCAGCACACAGACGGAGAGGCAGGUGGACCUUUGAGUUCGAGGCCAGCCUGGUCUACAAAGUGAGUUCCAGGACAGCCAGGGCUACACAGAGAAACCCUGUCUCGAAAAACAAAACAAAAAGCAUACGUGAAGGAACAAGUUCAGGCAUUGCUGCAUUGCUACAUUGCGAAGAAUCCGAACCUCAGGAUUUAUCAGAUUUCUGUGUGUGUGGAGAGGGGCAGUCAGUUUUCUCUUUCUACCUUAGCAAAGCUGUAAGCUAACUGAAAGGUGUUGUGGCAUCUGCCACAUCUCUCGUAAGAACAGUGACUAGACUGUGCCUGACAGAAGAGGGCAAACCAGCGCUGAGUAUACCCCCUCAACAUCAGCACAAAGCCAUAAAAGGAGACAAGGCUUUGAAAGGAGGUCAGAGGACAGCGUCUAUACAAAAGACUAUGUCAAGGCCUAUUCACCAAAGCUAUGGACCAAAAGUGUCUCCCCACCAAAGCAUGAAGACGCCUAAAAACCGAAGUCAGAAGCACAUCCCCGGGGCCUACAGCCUAGAUUUUUCACUUCCUCCUCCAUGCUCCUGUCAGAAGUGACCAAGAACUGACCCUUAUCCACCACCAGCCUCCACAGCCUCUAGGACACCGCAAAUCUCAGAACAGGGCCUCCCUUGCCAGCCCCGUCGCCAUAGUAACCACCAGAGCCCCGCCCCUUCCUCGCCAUCUGGUCCCGCCUCCUCGGAACCCGGAAGCGGGAGGCGCGCCCGGGGAGCUCGCAGUACCAAAGCUGGGAGGCGGUGGCCUCUGGCUGCUCGGCCGCGCGCCCCCUCUGCCCGCUGCUCCCGCGGGGCUCCUGAUCUGCGGCCGCCGGUCCAGUCCGCGCCCCGCCGACUCCAUCCUCUGCGCCCAAAUCGGGGCGAAGAUCCGUCUAGGCUGGAAAGAAAGGGACGCGGGAGCGGCCACGGCAGGGUUAACCUCUGCUUCUGCUCAUCAUGGGAGAGAUCAAAGUCUCUCCAGAUUAUAAUUGGUUUAGAAGUACUGUUCCCCUGAAAAAGAUAAUCGUGGAUGACGAUGACAGUAAGAUCUGGUCGCUCUACGACGCUGGCCCCAGAAGCAUCAGGUGUCCUCUCAUCUUUCUUCCUCCUGUCAGCGGAACUGCAGAUGUGUUUUUCCAGCAGAUUCUGGCUUUGACUGGAUGGGGUUACCGGGUUAUAGCUUUGCAGUAUCCAGUUUAUUGGGACCAUCUUGAAUUCUGUGAUGGAUUCAGAAAACUUUUAGACCACUUACAACUGGAUAAAGUUCAUCUGUUUGGGGCAUCUUUGGGAGGCUUUUUGGCUCAAAAAUUUGCUGAAUACACUCACAAGUCUCCCAGGGUACACUCCCUCAUCCUGUGCAAUGCCUUCAGUGACACGUCUAUCUUCAACCAAACAUGGACUGCAAAUAGCUUCUGGUUGAUGCCAGCGUUUAUGCUCAAGAAAAUCGUUUUGGGGAACUUUUCCUCUGGCCCAGUAGACCCGAUGAUGGCUGAUGCCAUUGAUUUCAUGGUGGACAGGCUGGAGAGUUUGGGUCAAAGUGAACUGGCUUCAAGGCUAACUCUCAACUGUCAGAAUUCCUAUGUGGAGCCACAUAAGAUCCGGGACAUCCCCGUCACCAUCAUGGAUGUGUUUGACCAGAGUGCGCUGUCAACAGAAGCCAAGGAAGAAAUGUACAAACUGUACCCUAAUGCGCGGAGAGCCCACCUUAAGACAGGAGGCAAUUUUCCCUACCUGUGCAGGAGUGCAGAGGUCAAUCUUUAUGUGCAGAUACAUCUGCUGCAGUUCCAUGGAACCAAGUACGCUGCCAUCGAUCCGUCAGUGGUCAGUGCGGAGGAGCUAGAGGUGCAGAAAGGCCGCCUCGGCCUCAGCCAGGAAGAGCCAUAGAUGGGGCUUGAGAUGCCGAACCACCCUGCUCUUGCACAAUCAGUUCGGGUUCGUUGGUCGGGCACACUGGUCCUCACCCUUCUGGAAGUCGGACUGAUUGUCAAUCUCAUGACAGGCGUCAGCUCUUCUAAACCAGUGUGACUGGCCCCUCUCCACAUUUGUUUUUGUUUUAAACUUUUAAAUUUGAAGAACUUUUAAAGACUCCCAUUUUAAGAAUUGUGAAAAUUUUGCUACCAAAAGUCUUCUCCACUCUGUUCAUCUCAAAAGCUUGGGAUCAUGUGGCGUUCUCUCUUUUCCUGCUUUCUAUAACUGCUGCACCCACCUCCAGGUUAGAAGAGGAGCACCGGUCAUUUUUAUGCUUUCUUGGGCAUAACCAGAGGGUCGAGGCUGGCAGCCUGCUGGCCACUCCCUACACAUCAGCUUUUUUGCUUUCCAGUUGAGCACAUCAUUUUGAGUAUUAGCUGUUGUAUUUCUAGACAUUACAUUUGGAAUAAAAAUUGAAUUUCA